AUAUUCCUCCCAAAACCAAAAAAAGCAAAUAAGACAAAGGCUCGGAGAACGUACCACGCAAUCGUCUCUCUGAACAGCGGCUCAUUCUUCCCCGGACUUUUCCCAUUCCUGGCUCAGCAAUGGCCGCUGUUCAUAUUCUCUUCCUCCUCCUCUUCUUCCUCCCUCCCCUCUCUCUUUCUGUCUCUGAUAAAGAGGCUCUCCUAAGACUCAAAAAAUCAUUUAUCCAUGCGGACGCAUUAAGCUCAUGGGUUCCCAACUCCUCUCCUUGCUCGGACAAUUGGUAUGGAGUGAUUUGCUUUGAUGGCAUAAUCACUGGCCUCCAUCUCACCAACUUAGGUCUCUCGGGAAACAUAGACGUCGAGGCUUUACUGGAACUCCGCGGGCUUCGAACGAUCAGCAUGAUGAAUAACUCCUUCUCAGGUCCAAUUCCGGAUUUUCACAUGCUCGGCGCUUUGAAAUCUCUCUUAUUAACAGGCAAUAAUUUCUCUGGAAACAUUCCUAACGAUUUCUUUUCCCAUCUUACUUCAUUGAAGAAAGCCUGGCUCUCCUAUAACCAAUUCAACGGAACGAUACCUGAGUCGGUGACACAAGCAACCCAUCUCAUAGAACUCCACCUAGAGAAGAACCAAUUCACAGGACCUAUCCCACCUAUGAACCAAACCUCGUUGAAACAACUUGAUUUAUCUAACAACAUGUUGGAAGGUGAGAUUCCUAAGAGCUUGUCGAUAUUUGGUGUGAAUACGUUUGAAGGAAAUGAAGGACUUUGUGGGAAGCCAUUGGACAAGGUUUGCACAGAGAAAGAUAAAACAUUAAUGCCGAGUACUAAUGAAACUGUACAGAAUUCUAGCAACAAUAAUGUUAUAGUGCUUUCGUUCCUUGCCGUGAUAACGCUCAUCUUUGUCCUCUUUGCCUAUGGAAAUUGCUCAAAACGUAGGGAGCACGAAUUCAUUGUUCGCGGUACCGAAUCAAUGGCGAACGAUCAGACGGUUGAGAUACAUGUGCUAAGUUCGCGCGGCAGGGCCUCAGACUACUCGAGCCAUAAAGGUCGUUUGAAGAAGAGUACUUCAAGUCAACAUGAAAAAAAUGGAACGGGUGAUCUUGUGAUCGUGAACGAUGCAAAGGGUACAUUUGGGUUGUCAGAUUUGAUGAAGGCAGCUGCAGAGGUGCUCGGUAAUGGCGGAAUGGGGUCAGCAUACAAGGCCUUGAUGGCCAAUGGGGUUUCGGUGGUGGUGAAGAGGAUGAGGGAGAUGAAUACUUUGCAGAGAGAGGUAUUUGAUGAAGAGAUGAAGCGGCUUGGAAGAUUAAGGCACAAGAAUAUCUUGACUCCUUUGGCUUACCAUUUCCGGAAAGAAGAGAAGCUGUUGAUCUCCGAAUACAUUCCUAAAGGCAGUUUGUUAUAUGUCUUACAUGGUGAUCGUGGGAUUUGUCAUAAUGAGCUGAAUUGGCCAACGCGUCUGAAGAUUAUCAAGGGAAUUGCACGUGGUAUGGGUUUCCUCCAUAGUGAGUUUGCUAAACACGAUUUGCCCCAUGGAAAUCUCAAGUCCAGUAAUGUUCUUCUUUGUGAUGAUUAUGAGCCACUGUUAAGUGACUUUGCCUUCAAUGCACUAGUCUCUACACCCUUCGCAGCACAAGCAUUGUUUGCCUACAAAACCCCAGAUUACAUCCAAUACCAGAAAGUCUCUCCAAAGUCUGAUGUUUAUUGCCUUGGAAUAACUAUUCUUGAAAUCCUCACCGGAAAAUUUCCUUCUCAGUACCUUAUCACUGGAAAGGGUGGCACUGAUGUUGUGCAAUGGGUCUUAACAGCAAUUUCUGAACACAGACUACAAGAAGUGCUUGAUCCGGACAUUGUGAGCAACACAAGCUCACUCAAUCAAAUAUUGCGACUCCUACAUAUUGCAGUUGCCUGCAUUGAAAGUAAUUCCGAGAAACGGCUCGACAUGAGGGAAGCCAUUAGGAGAAUACAAGAGGUACAGCUUUAAGGCCAUGCCAUAAUCAUUUUUACAACUCUGUUUUAAAUCGACAGCAUUUUUCAUAAAACAGAUACUCCUUCCAGCUUAUAUAUAACUAAGUUAUUUUACAUAUAUAAAAGCAAUCCAUUUGAAACAGAGUUGUAAAAAACUUGUCUCUAUCAUUACUCCUAAUUCAAUACAGGAGAGGGAAUGAUCUGUAAAUAUAUAUAUGGGUCGGGUAAAAGAGGUUAGUGAUAAGCAUCUCAAUCCCAUACUUCAAAGUUCAUAAUCAAAUAUUUUGUGGGCACGUCGGCCCCUCGAGAGAGAGCUUCGAAGAUCAUUAGUUGCAUGCGUGGGGGCAAUGGAUAUGAACCAUACACUAGUUGUACAUGAUCUCUUUGGCAAUUCAUUACUCCUCUUGUUGUCAACAGUUUCGCUCAGCACCCACACACAUUUUUCUUUUUCAAAUAGUUUAGAUACAAGGAAACCAAAAUUUGGGAGUGCUUUUGCUGCAUGGAUGGGGGGGCAUUUAGUCAUGUUUUUCUGUAUACUUCUUUUUAUUAUUAUUAUUAUUAUUAUUAUUAUUAUUGUGAACUACCAA